AUUUAUUUACUCUUUAUUUCCUAUUCUAUGUCAAUGUUAGUUUGACUGAGAAUCUUAAUUAAUUAUUAUUACCUUAAGAUUGACAUGUGACUCUAACUUGAGUUAUAUUGUGUUAAGUUUACUCUUGUAUUUGUUCUGUUUCAACAGCCCAUGUGUGUUUGUCCUCCCUUUAAGCUCCUGAAUGCGAUUACUUUGAGUUUAUAGAGAAUAUACAUUUUGUUCAGCUGAAUGAAGUUUCCUGGCUUUAUUUCAAGCAUUCUGAUCAGAUGCCCAUGAUGAUAGUCUACAUAUCCUUUUGAACCUCCUACAUAACACUGAGGCUCUCCAGAAGCUGCAGCAGAUGGAGAAAUAAAAUAUGCUUUUUAAUUGUAGAACAUGUACUUAUUAAAGUACAGACUUGGUCAUACCAUAGACUGUUUGGUCAUACUCCCUCUCUCUCUUUAUUUUGGUCUUUUUAUAAACUUGUUGGGAAGUCGACAACAUAACUUUGUCUUAACGUUGUUAAACAUUAUAAGAAACGUCCACAUCUUGACCUAAUAUUGGUCCUAGAGUCAUCCAGUAUAUAUUUAGGCUACACAAGUUAGCAGCCUGAGGUCAGCAUUGCAAACUCCACUGUAACAUUUUGUAAACCAUCUAAAAGUACUACUCCCAAAAAAAACAGGAAUUUUUGGCACCUGAACCUAUAUGCUAUAACAAUGAAAUCCUGAAAGUUUCGAUAAAACUGAAUGAGAUAAGCUGUGCUAGCAGCUCUGUGGGGCUGUACUCAGGCACAGCGGUGCUUUGAGCUAAUGCACAUGUUUACCAUGUUCACCAUCUUAAUUUAGUGUGUUAGCAUAAAAUUUGCUAGUUAUCACUGAACACAUUGGCUGCAGUGGUCUGUGUGGCUGUGGGGCAAGAGGGGUCUGUGAGCGUGACUGGCCGGCUGGCUAGCUAGUUACCCACGCAGGCGCUUGUGGAGCUUCUCAGCUCCGAAAAUGUUGGAGCACAUUUUCAAAAACUAGUGUGGUGCUAGAACCAUCUGCCUCGCAGUCCGCUAUUGGACAAGCUGAAGAGACACAAUGCAUUUUGGGGUGGUUGAGAAUGUGCAGUAAGCUCACGGCCAUGGACAUAUGAUAAGAACUGGAUAUGGCGCCGCCGCUCAGCCUUGCAGCCAAUUUUUUCCAGUGGCCACUCGCGGUAUCACAAGGAAAAAUCCCCCUGCGGCCCAAAAGGCAUUUUCCCCAUAGGCCACCAUUAUAAAAGAGACGACUGUAAAACUGUUGACAGGACACCACAAACUGCAAACAAGGUCAAUUAUGACUCUUUCUAUUAUGUAAUUUGUGAUGCAUGGAGGCUUUAUAUUUGUAAAACGUUCCUCGAGUCAUCAUCAUCACAAUGUAAAGACUAUGGGCCGAGUGGGAACUCGUGGGCGGGGCCAGCAGGAGAAAUACUACUGCACAUACUGGGUCGCAUAACCUAGAAAACGUUGGCAUAUGCGCCAGGUGAGCAAUUUUCAUUGGAAUGAAUAGGCACCAUUUUGGGGUCCGGUAUCCAGUUCUCAUACUCAUUUUGAUGUCAUACCUAGUAUGAAUAGUACGUUAGUAUGUGAUUCUGAACACAGACUCUAUUACAUGAUUCUCAGAGCAUAUUGAAACACAUGGUUGCCAUGGUAAACAUUUAAAAAUACAUAAAAAAACAUAAAAGAGAAACAUUCCAUUCUAUUUCCCAUGAUACAUCAUCAGAGACACAUUCUAGAAUCUUCAGUCUACAAGACUCCCACAAACUGUCAGACCAGUCACAAAUACAAAGACACAGAGAUCGACAGCAAACAGAAAGCGUCAAGUUUUCACGAUGGAGAAAACCAAAGACAAACAAAGAAAAAAAGGCAAGAACAAAGUGAAGGAAAACUUUAUCCAGCCAGCAGAGGAGGUAUCAAUCACCUUUGGUUCCUGGAAUAAAAGGAUUUCCACUCUCCGCAGGCAGAACGAGGCAGCUAUGUCUGCACAGGUUAACCCUCCAGAGACUGCUAAACAUCAGCAGUCUGUCAAGGCCCCAACCCGUCAGGGUGUCAGCAAAAAGGGCCAGGCAGGGAAAGGGGACCUAAACUGCACACAGUCGGAGACAGUGCCCAAAUUUUGCAUCCUCCAAAGGCAACCUGAGGAUGCUCCACAGCAGGCUGCUGCACCCGAAGAUGUUCCACAGCAGGCUGCUACACCCACAGGUGCUCCACAGAAGGCUGCUGCACCAGAAGGUGCUCCACAGCAGACUGAAUUGACAAGGGGCCCUGUCCAGAGGAAAAAGCUUUGGACACCACCACCACCCUACCGUACCCCUCUGAGAGAACAUUCAGUUGAGGUUAAGGACACUGCUUUUAAAAGGGGCCCUGUCCAACAGAAAAAGCUUUGGACACCUCCACCACCCUACCACACCCGGGUUAAAACCACUGAUUUUAAAAGGGGUCCUGUCCAACAGAAAAAGCUUUGGACACCUCCACCACCCUACCGCACCCAGGUUAAAGCCAAUAAUUUUAAAAGGGGUCCUGUCCAACAGCUUUGCACAGCACCACGCCACCACACCCCUCAGUGUGCACCUGCCAAACCACAGCAGGCAGACAGGGUCAAGGCUUGUGAUGGGGUUGAGGCUUUCCCCCAGCAUGCCACGAUUCACGUUCCUGAGCUCGAGCCACAGCAGCUCAGGAGUAGAGAGACGGAGCAGACCACCGAGCUCGAGAGGGCAAACGAGGCUUUAGCAGCUCUGCUGGAGCAGUUACAAGAAACGCCGGCCAAGGCCUGUGAUGGGGUAGAGGCUUCCCCCCAGGAGGCCAGAAUUUACGUCUCUGAGCUCGAGCUUCAGCAGCUCAGAAACAGAAAGACAGAGCAGACCACCAAGCUCAAGAAGGAGAAUGGAGCUUUAGCAGCUGAGAUGGAGCAGUUAAAGGAAACGCUCCAAAGAAACAACGCUCUCCAUGAUGACAUUAUGCUGAAGAGGGUGAACAAGAUCAUGGACCUGGAGCUUCAGCUUUUAGCGACGAAGACCACUGAAGCUGAGGCUCUCCAGAAGCUGCAGCAGAUGGAGAAACACCUUCAGAGGCAAAAGGAGAGCCGGAAAGAACUGGACGUGUGCCUGGCCCAGCAAACAGAGGAAAACAACAGACUGACGGCUGCGCUGACCCUGACACAGAGAGAGCUGGAGAGUCAACAGCUGCAGUGGCAGGAGGAGCGGUCCCGUCUCCUCCAGUCCCUCAGCGACAUCCACCACACCCUGCAGGAGGAGGAGAAAGCUCAGAAGACAAGAUGGGAUGGGAUGACGGACAAGAUUGUCGACCUAGAACAGCAGAUGAAAAAGAUCGACAAAAAGCCUAAAAGACCCUCUCUGAGGAGAAGAUUCCUCCAGUUAUUCAAGUGAAGUGGAGGAGAAUUCAUCCUACAGGCUAACCCCCAACUCCCACCACCUAUCCCUAGCUCCCGCUACCCCAUCCCUAUUUUCCAUCUCUUAUUGCUCUUCCAGCCAUCUGUGGAGAGGGGAUCUCUCUUUGAAUUGCCUCCCCCAAGGUUUCUUCCCUUUUGGGGAGUUUUCCUUGUCUUCUUAGAGAGCGUGGGCUGGACAUACAAUGUCUCAGAGGGCCUGUAGCCUUCUGAGACAUUGUAUGUAACUUUUGGGCAAUAACUUCUUUUAAAUUUCCCUCAUCCUCAAAAAUCCUCAACCCUCCUUUCCUUCUGUUUAUUGCAAAAUAUUAAAUAAUAAGAAAAAUAAUAAUAAUUGUAUCUGAAUCUGAAUGCAUUUUUCCAUAGAUAUUUCUACGUUUCUCUACAGAUAACACUAUAUUUACAACAUUGAACACAGCAGGACAGAGGAGAAAAGGUGUAAGAAUUAUAUUAUAUUAUACCUUUUCGUUUUUACAAUGGCUUUCCAUCUGU